AUGAAAGUUGUGGGAAACUAUGGAGUCAACGCUGCAAACUCAGGCACUGAUAGGUCCAGAGAGCACUUGACCUGUCUUAGAAGUCAGCUCUUUGUAGCCUACAGAAAUGGAAGAGUGGAUGAAGCAGUCUCUCUGGGUUUUCUGCUUUGCUGGAUAGGUGGAGACCUGACAAAUUUCAAAGGCUGCUACCUGACUAACCAGCUGCCUAUUCAGAUUUUGACAGCCAUCUUUGACAUGAACAUGGAUAUAAUCAUACUCUCACAAUUCAUGUACUACAGGUUAAAGAAUCAUAAGAACAAAAUGAUAUUCCAGCCUCAGUUAUUCAAAGACUCCAUCACCAGAGAGAAAGUCAGAUUGUCACUUUGGGCGGUCCUAUGCCCUGUAUAUAUAUAUCCCAUAUUCUUUUAG